AAGGGGUGGGGCGCGAGGUGCGGAGUCCCGCCCCCUACGGUGCAGCGGAGGCAGCAAGAUGGCCGCAGCGGAGGGGGACUGUGGGGUCGCGGCCGACGCGGACCGGGAGUUGGAGGAGCUUCUGGAAAGUGCUCUUGAUGAUUUCGAUAAGGCCAGACCCUCCCCAGCACCCCCUCCUACCACCACGGCCCCUGAUGCUUCAGGGCCCCAGAAGAGAUCGCCAGGAGACACUGCCAAAGAUGCCCUCUUCGCCUCCCAAGAGAAGUUUUUCCAGGAACUAUUCGACAGUGAGCUGGCUUCCCAAGCCACUGCCGAGUUCGAGAAGGCAAUGAAGGAGUUGGCUGAGGAAGAGCCCCACCUGGUGGAGCAGUUCCAAAAGCUCUCGGAGGCUGCUGGAAGAGUGGGUAGUGAUGUAACUUCCCAACAAGAAUUCACUUCUUGCCUAAAGGAGACACUAAGUGGACUGGCCAAAAAUGCUACUGAUCUGCAGAACUCAGGCAUGUCAGAAGAGGAGCUGACCAAGGCCAUGGAAGGACUGGGCAUGGAUGAAGGGGAUGCUGAAGGAAACAUCCUCCCCAUCAUGCAGAGUAUCAUGCAGAACCUACUGUCCAAGGAUGUGCUGUACCCAUCACUGAAGGAGAUCACAGAAAAGUAUCCAGAAUGGUUGCAGGGUCACCGGGAGUCUCUACCUCCAGAACAGUUUGAAAAAUAUCAGGAACAGCACAGCGUCAUGGGCAAGAUAUGUGAGCAGUUUGAAGCAGAGACCCCCACCGACAGUGAGGCCACGCAGAAGGCUCGUUUUGAGACAGUGCUGGACCUUAUGCAGCAGCUACAGGAUUUGGGCCAUCCUCCAAAAGAGCUGGCUGGGGAGAUGCCUCCUGGCCUCAACUUUGACCUGGAUGCCCUCAAUCUGUCAGGCCCACCAGGUGCCAAUGGCGAACAGUGUCUGAUCAUGUGAAACACAACGCGUUUCCUCCCUGAUUGCCAGCCAUGGGGAACGUCUGGAGAACCACUGGGAGCUGAGGCAGGAGUGUUGUCGCGGGAGUGGUCUGCCCGCUGCCCUCUGUCAUCCCAUCCAAGAUGGUGCCAUACCAACUGGGGCUUUUCCCCUGACUUUCUAGGAAUAAGGCCUGUUCUGCAGGCCAUUUCUGUGAGCCCUUUUGAUUGUGGUUUCUGCUGCUAGCAAAGGCCCAGCUACCUACCAGGUGAAGGAAGGCAUCCCUUGUUAUAUUUGGCCACAUUGAUGUUCACCUUUGUACCCAGGGUCUUUGUGCCUUGUCUCCACUCCCCUUUCUUGGACCUGGGGAGCAGGGGCAGAAUCUUGGUAUUCUAUUCAGUAGUUCUCUUGAGCAGGGCCUUUGGAAAUGAAUGGGGAGAAACUUAGCCUGGGCUGGAGCUACAGGUCUGUCACCAUGCCCUCUUGCCUUCAGGCAGACCUUUCUGAAUUCUCCGAAGGGAAAGGAAGUGGAGGCUUUGCCUCUAUUCACAGUGGGGUUGAAAAAGAAGCCUUGGGAUUCUCCUCUCUCCAGGUGCUGAGUCCUCAAAUCCCUGUUCCAGCACCUCAAGUUGCUACCCUGUUUCUACAAUGCUAUGUGGUCAGGGUGAACCAGCCCUUGACCUUCCUUUGCCUCUCCUUUUAUCUCCCCUCUUUCAAAAAUACCGGUUUAUCUCAGCCCUUCUCCGAGCCCAAACUGUGACAAAAAAGGGCCCAUCCUGUUUCCCCUCCCUCAUCUAGUCCACCUACCAUUCUCACUGUACCCCCCCCCCGCCCCCCCCCCCGGCAAACACAUGUAAUUGUAAUGUCAGGUCUAGGGAAUGAAUGACUGUUCUUCCCCAGAUACAUUUUGGCUUAUUUGAAACAACUCCUUUGAGUCCUGUGGCUUGAUUUGGGAAGUGGUUCGGGAAAAGUUGGGAUGCAGCCUGGGUCCUUUUUCCAGACUAAUAAAUAUUUUAAGUGAGGAG